UACUUCCACCUAUUGAGUCUCAUCAAUUAUGGGCUAAUUAGUAGAAUUACUUGUAUAUAGACUGAUUAUGUGUGAAACUCAUGUUUUAUAAAGUUUCGCUCUCUGUACAGUUGGUAGUUGUCUUGAGAUCCCUUACUUCAUUACAAAACAUUGGCGCGAAAGUUACUGUUUUGGUUACGCUUGCACUGGUGGCUGAGUGAUCUCCUUGGAUGUUACUAGUAGUGCUAGUUUUACCAAUCUUUGAGAUUCGCGUGACUCCGAAACAGAUUAAUUAAACCACUGACAACAUCCCAGACUCCUUGCAGUUAAGAUGCACAGGAAGAAACGUUCCUCCGUGGAUAAAGAUGAAACUGCUGCAUCAACUGACGCAUCAAAGUUCAAGAAAAGCCGGAUAACAGGGCGUCAGUCCUCCAAGACCAGUGUUCAACACGACAACAACGAGACGGUGUUUAUCCAGUUCCUACAGGCUGCAGGUGUUUCUCUGAGCCAGGGUAGCGCAUCCAAUGAACUGGCUGUGGACCAAGUUGUUUUCCAUAAAAGAUUGCAACAACAGCUGCGCAAGAGUCCGAGAUACCCAGAAAUUGUCAAGGAGUUCAUCACGGGGCUGGAAGCCCACAUCGAAGACCCCGCAAGAUUUAAGAACUGUCUCCUGCCGUGUGUUCCGCGUCAGGCGGACGGAGCAUCAAGCUGCCUCAGCUCGUUCCAGGAGAGUCUCAUCCGUCUGCUGCUGGGAGUGGAGAUGCUUCAGGUAGGACAGCCCUUUGAGGGGGCCCUCUGA